AUGGUCGAGCCAACAGGACCCGAGGUCGUUGUCGACGAGCGCACCAAGGCACUCAACAAUUACAGAAGAAAACUUGCUGAGUGUCGCGACAUUGAACAGAAGCUGAAGGAUUUGAGAAAAAAGGAGAGUGAGAUGACGAAACAGUUUGACAAAUCUGAAAACGAUAUCAAAUCUCUGCAAUCCGUCGGACAAAUCGUCGGAGAGGUGCUGAAGCAACUCAGUGAAGAAAAGUUCAUCGUUAAGGCAACCAACGGGCCACGAUAUGUUGUCGGAUGUCGUCGUAGCAUCAACAAGGAAGAGUUGAAGCAAGGAACCAGAGUGUCGCUUGAUAUGACCACUCUCACUAUCAUGCGACAGUUGCCACGUGAAGUUGAUCCACUAGUUUACAAAAUGUCCCACGAAGACCCAGGAAACAUCAGCUACUCAGAUGUUGGUGGUCUUGCCGAGCAAAUCCGUGAGCUUCGCGAAGUUGUCGAGCUUCCGCUCAUCAAUCCAGAACUUUUCCGCCGUGUUGGUAUCACACCACCAAAGGGAUGUCUUCUCUUCGGACCACCAGGAACCGGAAAAACUCUUCUCGCUCGCGCAGUAGCCUCUCAGCUUGAUUGCAACUUCCUAAAGGUCGUAUCUUCCGCCAUCGUUGACAAAUACAUCGGAGAAUCUGCGAGAAUGAUCAGAGAAAUGUUCAACUACGCUCGUGACCAUCAACCAUGUAUUGUGUUCAUGGAUGAAAUUGAUGCGAUCGGAGGAAGACGUUUUUCAGAAGGAACAUCUGCAGAUCGUGAAAUUCAGAGAACUCUCAUGGAGCUUCUCAACCAACUUGAUGGUUUCGACUCUCUUGGAAAAGUUAAAGUUAUUAUGGCCACGAAUCGACCUGAUACUCUCGACCCCGCUCUUCUCCGUCCUGGAAGACUCGACAGAAAAAUUGAAAUCGGAUUGCCAAACGAACAGUCUCGCUUGGAAAUUCUCAAAAUUCAUUCUAACAAAAUUACAAAACACGGAGAGAUUGACUUCGAGGCUGUCGUUAAAUUGUCAGAUGGAUUCUCAGCAGCUGAUUUGAGAAACGUGUGCACUGAAGCUGGAAUGUUCGCCAUCCGCGCUGAACGAGAAUUCGUUAUCGAUGAAGACUUCAUGAAGGCAGUCCGUAAAGUAGGAGAUGCGAAGAGACUUGAGACGAAGCUCGAUUACAAACCAGUCUAA